AUGGAGUCCCCAAUCAACCCUGAUGUGUGGAGAUUUCUUUUCCACACCACUGCUGCCGCACUCUCUGCCGCUACUCUCUUCUCGCUUUAUCACGAACGGUAUAAUGUCGCUACCUCUCUUGACAGUCUCUUUUACAAUCUGAAGAGUGCGAAAACAGACGAGGAAAGCACAGACGCUGUUGAAGCCAUUCUCAGUAAACUAAAGGAAGAGGCAGCACAAAAGAAAGGCCUCGCACGUCUAUCAGCACUACGACAUGGAGGCGCACUGGUGCGUCUUGCCGCACUUAGAAAGGAUGGAUCUAAUCUCCAUACUGUGAGUGCAGCCAUUAAAACAAUUGUUCGUGUCUUUGGUGCUGAUGCGGCGAGUCGUCGGCAGUUGUACAUGCUUGGUGGUUACCGCACAUUAUUGUUAACACUCAGUGAGGCUCACCGACAGGGACUGCAGGAACUGAUGGAGGAUACCGCACAAACACUGCAAACACUCACAAAGGUUGAUGAUGCCGAGGUUGUAUUGGAGUCGGAUGUACCAGCAGGCGCAGAGGGAACUUACGCACUUGCCUGCAUGCCAGCAACCGUAAAGAUGUUGCGUGUGUUGGACCCGAACUGUUCCAUUCUCUUUUUGAAUGCACUCACUGGUAUCUUUGCAAAUGUCUGUACACUACGCGUGGGAGCCGUGGCGGUGGGCCGCGGUGUGGAGGGACGCAGUGGGAUGUCGUACUUUUUACGGCUGCUCGAACACGGCAAUCAAGCUGUGGUGGAACACUGCGCUCUCACUAUUCGAUACCUCGCACGUGCAGGACAAGGACACGAGGAAAUCGCCAAUGAGGAGAAUCUGCAGCGUCUUGCAGAGAACUUAACAGUUAACGGUGAUCCACGCGUAACGAAUUCAAUCCUUACCAUUAUAUUGGUGAUGUUUGACAGCAAACAUGGUGUAACCUUUUUUGAGAAUUUGGCAACGAAAACAGAUAUUAUUCCAAGUUUGUUUGAAAUUUGGUGUCGUUCCUCAGAAAAAAUGUUGCGUGAUCGCGCGGAAGUGUUGGUUCAACUUUUGGCCCGUGUACCGCAGUGUACAGAAGUCGUGCACAGAUUCCUUGAACGGUACCGUUCACAAAUUGCCGAUCGCCGCGCGAAGGACGAAGAGGCGCGACGCAAGCAAUUGCAGCAAAUGCGACAGAGCCAGAUGAUGCAGCAGAUGAUGAUGGAGAGUAUGGGCAUGGGUGGCGGCAUGGAUCUCUCUAUGAUGAUGGGUGGUGAGUAG